AUGACAAGCGACAACGACAAUAGUGAACGAUCGGAACGAGGUGGACUGAAUCUUUUCGCGGCACCAAGACAAAAAGCCAAAACCACACCGCCCAGAAAAGUGAAGCGGCUCGAGAAACGAAUCUCCAUCGACCUGAUUCCAAUGUCACUUGAAGAAAUCGAGUGGGCCAUGGAAGAUGCAAAAGUCCAGGAGGAAGAGAGAGAAAUUCAACAAAUCCGAGAAAGGAUACAACGAAGAAAGAAGGCAAAAGCAGCCGCAGCCGCUGCAACGUCGCCACCAACAUCAAGAAAUUAG